AUGAAAUUGCUGGAGUCUGAAGAUAGUGACAUAGAUGAACUAAGUACUAAGGAAAUUGAAACAAACACUAACACUUAUCCAUUACAGUUUUCCAAAAUUGGUAAUCAACCUGAUAAAUAUUUGAAUUCUCGUUAUAGAGCGAAAAAAGGUCCUGUCGAUCCAUAUUUAUAUAAAAAGAGUCCUUUGGAUAUUUGGGAACCAAUAUUUCUUCCAUUUAUUGAUAAAAUAGUUACAGAGUCAAAUUUAUAUGCUUCCCAAAAAAAUAUGCCUUUGGACACAACUCCAGAAGAAGUUAGAGCAUAUCUUGGUAUUGUUAUAUUUAUGGGUUACCAUUCGUUACCCAGCAUUCGGUCAUAUUGGUCUAAUGAUCCAAACUUCUUCUGUGAAAGAGUAGCAAAAGUUAUGACAGUCAAACGGUUUUUGAAACUAACUAGGUUUUUACACCUAAAUGAUAACUUACAAAUGCCACCUCGAAAUACUGAACAUUUUGAUAAACUAUAUAAGGUAAGGCCUUUAAUUAGCCAUUUAAAACAAGUUUAUUUGGAUUUGUAUACUCCGUCCAAACAAUUAGCAAUAGAUGAAAGUAUGGUAGCCUUUACAGGAAGAUCAACCAUGAAGCAAUUCAUGCCAUUGAAACCUAUAAAAAGAGGGUUUAAAGUUUGGGCAAUGGCAAAUUCUUCUAAUGGAUACCUAAUUAAUUUUGAUGUUUAUACUGGGAAAAAAAGUUCAAAUCAAACAGAAUUCGGCCUUGGAGAAAAUGUAGUAUUAGAUCUGACCCAAAAUUUAAAACACAAAUCAUGUUAUAUUAUGAAGAAGGAUAAAGACUUCAAAAUGGGUGAUACAGAUUUUGCUCAAAGUGGUGAUGUGAGUAUUUCAAGAUGGAAAGAUAGAGGUAAGAAACCAGUCACUAUUGUUAGCAAUAUGCAUAAUGCUUCUGCAACAGAAAUUGUUCUAAGAACCAAUUCUAGAGGACAAAGGACACCUAUUUUAUGUCCAUCAAGUAUAGCCGAUUAUAAUCGUUAUAUGGGCGCAGUUGACCGCUUUGACCAGUAUAUGUCUGCUUAUAGUGUUAGCCAAAAAUCAAGACGAUGGUGGGUAAAAUUGUUUUACUAUAUGUUGGAUACUACAAUAGUCAACUCUUUUUUACUUUAUAAAGACAGUUGUAAUGCUAUGAAAAAAAAAUACAUGAGUCAUUUAGAAUUUAGAUCAAAACUAACUGAUCAGUUAAUAUCAGAUUUUUCAUCUCGGCAAAGACGACCUAUCAUUUCCCCUAUGAGUAAUAAACGUAAAGAUUCUACUGGUUCUGUUAAAAUUUCUGGAAAACAUUUGGCAAUAAAAAUAAGUACAUAUCGCCGCUGUGUGUCAUGCAGUAAGUCCAAAGAAAAGCGAUCCAAUAUGGCUUGUGACACUUGUGAUAAGGUUUUGUGUAAAGACUGUUUUGCUAAAUAUCAUGAAUAA